AUGGCUGAAACAAUAAGUGCGUGGAUACGUUCAAGACUCGGUGUAAUAAUUGAUUUAACUCCAUCAUCAAUAGGAAAUUGCUGUCGCGAUGGGACAUUUUAUGGGAAAAUAUUACACAGUUACGCUAUAAUAAAUGACAGCCAAUUAAAUACUAUAAAACAUACAACAGACCCAGCAUUGGCACGUGUCAAUUUACGACAUCUUCAAGUAUGGCUGCGAUUUAUCGGAGUCGACUGCGAUCAAGAGUCCAUUCAGGACAUAUCCAACGGCAAGGGUUCUGCAGCUUUGAAUUUACUUUACAAAAUAUUUCUGUGCCUUGAAAAUAAAGAUCGCUUACAUUUCAUAACCCUCGAGAAAGAACGCGAAAAAUAUAUUCCGACUUCAACGAAAUUCGACGUUAAAGUUGUUUCAGAAGAACCGGAGUUCGAUGCGAGUUUACCAGAACAUCCGUUACUUAAAUUAUUAGAAAGUAACACGAGUUUGUCAAGUUCACAUAAACAAGAAGUUCAAAAAAUGAUCAGUGAUUAUUUGCGUGGACGUCAUAGUAAAGUACGUUUUUCACAAACGUCUGAAUCGGAAACGGUUAGUCAGGAUUCUGUUGAUGAAUUGUUGAAAAAUAAACCUGUAGGUCGUCGGUCUAAUCGUGAGGAAGUUAAGAAAAGUGCUAAAAGUAAAGUUUUGGCAGAACUUGAUGAAUUUGCUGAAAAACAUGCUGACGUAUCACAUUCAAAAAGUGAAACUUAUGAAAUUCACGGUCGCCCGGAAGCAGCGAAACAAUACAUUGAGGAGUUAAAAGCUCGUAGAAAACAAGAAGCAGAAAUCCAACAACGUAGUAACCAAAUUCAAAACGCGGCUUUGUCUCAAUUUUGGGAAAAAUUUGAAAAAGAUCAAGAGUAUAAAUUCGAUGAAAUAACUGCCCGUACGGUAUUACGUCAGUCGCGGUAUGAAAAAAAAAUGGUGACUAAAUUAUGCGAAAUACACGCACAGAAAGACAGACUGGCUGCUAAUAGGCAGAUGGUUGACGAACUGAUGUUCAAAGCAAAAGAGGAUCACGCGCGUUUGAUCCAAGAAAGCAAACGUGAAAUGAAGCUUUGGGAUAAUGAGGAGCUGGGCGACGAAGCUCGGAGAUUCAAUGAAUUGCAAAGCCGUAUGCAAGAUGAGGAAAAGGAAAAAGUUAAGCUUGAAAUCAUUAAAACGGCUCAAGAUAUUGUUGGUGACUUGAUUAUGCUUGCGGUUAAUUCUGUGGAUUCUGAAAUCCCCCGUAGUUUGUGGAAUGAAUGGAAGAGUUUAUUCAUCAAAGGUAUCAAAAUUUUUCCAUCUCGUUACGAAGAAUCCUUUAACGAAGAUUAUAAUGAGGCAGAGAAUCGGUUUGGAAGUAAAGCUGAUUACGAAGUCAAAAGCGAAAAGGAAACAAAGGAAGAUCCUGAAGUCAUUUCUGAUUACAACCUUCACGAAAAUGCUUUGAUUGAUAAAGGUUUGUAUGAUUAUCUAAACAUAAGUGGACCUUGGAGUGAAUUUGCUCCAGAAAUCGAUCAACAAGAUAAAGAAUUCAUUGAUUUGGGGUCAGUGGUCUUAGGGUAUGUUGUUAAUAAAUUAUUACACGAAUAUCCGCACGAGCCCAUGAGACCCAAACUCCCUGAGGUCAAAGUCCGGGCAGUCAUACUCGGAGUUCCUGAUUCAAAAAAUUAUCUUACGAUUCAAGACUUACUGAAGCACAAAAAAAUAUCUGUCAUUCGUGUUGAAGACGCCAUUAAUUACUGCCUGCAGUGCUACAAAGAAGAGAUGAAAGAUUACGAUCACGUCGAAGUGGGAAAGCUGGAAACUGAAUCUGAAUCCUCAAUAAAUCUUAAGUCUUUGGAAAGAGAUGAUAAAAAUAAAAGUACAAUUGUUAAUAAAAAAACGCAGACUCCCAAAAUAAUUCCUUACGAUGACAUGCAUCCUACAUUAAGUGACAGCGCGUAUAUCGGUAAAUGGAUCCACGAAUUUUUUCUGUUAGGAGAACCGAUUUCUGAUGAAUUGAUGAGUAAAAUUAUUUUCGAACACCUAAAAAAUAUAAAUACAAAAGGAUGGGUCUUGAUAAAUUAUCCUGAAACUUAUCGACAAUUAGCGUAUCUUGAGUUUUCAUUGAGUGGAAAAUCACCCAGUGAUAUAGAAAAAGUGUUUAAUUUUAAUGAAGAUGAUACUGAAGAUGCUGAGUUUGAACCUCGUAUAAAAUACAGUCAUCCAGAGACGAUUUUUUAUCGCGAAUCCAAGUUACUGCCGAACCCAUUAAUUAAAUCGAAUGAUAAAUUUAAUUCUUGUUUGACUGCGUACAUAAAAAUGCUACCGAAACCUAAAGAAGUUGAUGCCAACGCUGAAGAACUAUUUGAAAUACGGGCUGAAGACGCGACGCGAUCAGAUGAAUUUUAUGGCCAACAAGGAAUAGCUAAAGUUGUUUAUUAUGAUCAGUGUGACAAUGCGACCCUUAAAAGAGUUGCGAGACUCGUGAUUGGAGACGUCAAGUUGCCGAGGAAGCCUUCUGUAGAAAUUUUCGGAAGUGCUGCCAGCAAAGCUGAUGCUGAAGAUAAAUCUAGUGAAAUUUUAACAAACAGUUCUGCUAAAUCAUUCAAAAGUUUGGAAAGUUCUGAAUCUCAUGAAGACAAAGUUAAACCUGGAGAAGAAAAGUGGACUUGGAUUGAUUUGCCUCUGACUCUUGAGGUUACGAAGGCGUUGAUUUUGCUGUGGAGGAACUGCGAAAAUACUUAUCUUGAUGGGUUAAAAGAUAUUUUGUGGUUAAAGAGAUUGAAUCUGACUGCGAUUAUUCCUUAUAAAGAUUACGUUUACAAUCGUGUGAUUCAGUACAGAAGUAAAGAUGGUGGUGACAAACUAGAGCUUGUCCAAAAGUUUAAAUCAGCACUCAAUGAUGUUCUCGGAAGUGGAAAAGUAAAUGAGAAUGUGAAGAAUGAGUUGUGCAGCAAGCUUGAUGAAUUUCAGAUGGAAUUGUGGGAAAUUUGUGAUGUAAAGAGACGACGAGCUGAAGAAGAAAGGAAUAAAAUUGUUGAGGAUGACUGGGCUACCAAGCAAAUUAUUGUUCUGGUUAAUGUUUAUGUCACGAUUAUACAGAUUGAGAUGGACCGCUUUGUUGAUACUCUACAAUUUUUGAGGACUUAUUACCUGACGAUGCUGAAACGGGCGAUUGGAGAUAAUAUUUUUAAAAAAAUUAUACUUGAUAAAUUUAUUACAGAAGGAAACGUUAGCGACACAGAAGAAAAAGGUUCAAUGAAAUUUCCCAAGUUACCGGAGAUAAAUGACACUGCGUUAAAAAAAGAAAUUUCAAAUUUGAUGAUAAAUGCUGAUGACAAUUUACUCGAUCAAGCCAAAAGUCAUUGUUUGGAAAUAAUAAAACCAACUGUCAAUUAUGCCGAGUCAACAAUUGUGGAUGUGUCCACUUCAGCAGUUGAUGAUCUAAAAAAAGAAAGAGUUAUUAAAUCUACAAGACGUUCCUCGGAUGUCAAAGAGAGUAAAGUAAAGAAGAAGGUUUCAAAAUCUUCUGAAACGUCUGUUAAAACAAAAAAAAUAACUUCUGGUACUAAAAAGAAAAAGAAUUUAUUUUUGGAAUGGGAGUACGCGUUAAUGUAUGAGAUAAAUAGAAUCAAAAUGAGAAUAAAAAUAAUAAAAUCAGCAAUUGAAGUAGAUAUUGACUUCCUUCUUGGAAAUAUUAGACGAGGAUUUAUUUCUGCAUAUCGAUCAAUAAAUGAAAGAUAUAAAAGCGAAAUAAAUAAUGUCGAUUAUUUAAUAAAAUUAUUUCACAUAGCGAUUGAUAACGGAAGAAUAUUUGAAGAAGAAAUAAUUUUAGUUGACGAUUGUUUUGUUAUUCAAAGAGAUCUAUCGACUAUUGAUACCUUAGCUUCAGAAGACGAUAAGAGUGACGAUGAUAUUAAAUUUCGAUUAGAGCAAUUGUGUUAUCUGAAGGAUGUACUCCAGAGUGUAGAACCUUGUGGAAUUAUUUCAAAGGUUGCAUUCGUUUAUAUUUUACAAGACUUAGUUAUUUGUACGGAAGAUGGAGACGAAGAAGAAGAAGAAUUGGAAGAAGGGGAAUAUAAAAUUUCUUCUUUACCUAAAGCAUGGUUUGAAUUAACGCCAAGAGAGAUCGAAAAAAUAAUUGAUGAAAUUUUUAAAGAUGAUACUGUCGAUUGGAGAGAGUUUAUUAUUUAUGCAUUAGAUAUUUAUUUGAGUCAAGACGCGUUGCUGGAUGCUCUUUAUGCUUUAAAAAAGUUAGACAGUAAUAAUGAUGAAAUUAUUAGUAAAGAAGAAUUUUUAUCUGUGCAUCUCUCGCCUUUUAAUUUCGAAAGUGAUCAUGAAGCAGUUGAUGAAAAAAUGGUCAGAGAAGAAAUAUUUGACAAAGAAAUUAAGGAAGAAUUCCUUGAGAAAGAAAUUUUAAAAAAUAUUGAUCAGAAUAAUCCAAUAAAAUUAGAAAAUGAACAGACUAUUGAAGUUACUGGAGAAAAAAAAGAAAUCAUGGAUGGAAAAGACAUAAAUACAGAAAAAAGAAAUAGUGAUGAAGAAAUAGAACGACUUUACUUGAUGAAAUUAUUUGUCUGCAAUAUAUUUUCAAUUGAUGAUAAUAAUGUCAAUUACAUGGACAUUUUAUUGGCGUUUUGUAAAGAUGAUAACCCGGUUUAUGGUUUCGGUAAAGCUCUGAGUGUAGCUCUUAGUCAGAGUAUUUGUUUGGAUUAUGAAGAAGGAGAAAGAUAUGUUGUAAAUAUUGAGAAGAAAUACCUGGCGAAAGAAGUGAGGAAACAAGCUAAGGAAAUGUGUAGAAGAUGCGUUGGCCAAUUGAUUGAUGAAGUCAUUGAUUACUGCGAUGAAUCGGCUAUUAAAAUUAGUGAGACUGCUAAUAUAAAGUAUGAUGAUAAUGAGCCGUAUGAGGAUGACGAUAUGCAAGUGAUGACUUAUAAAGAUGACAUCGAUCUGCUUUUCAUUAAUAAUGAAGAUUUUUAUGAUUAUCAGAAUCAUAACGUUAUAUAUUUUAAUGCUGGUGGUCAUCGUGCUAGAAGAACGAGUACUCGUAAAGUGAUUUAUUGGAUAUCAAUAAAUUUCUGUGAGGAGGUUUUAGUUAAAUUAUUACCAAAAAAAGUUAUCGAACAAGUGAAUAUUAGUACAGAGAUGUCAUUAAAUGAAAAUUUACAAGUGGUUAGUAGUGAAGUGCAGUGUAAUAUUAAAGUGAAUCCUAAAUUCGUGUUGGCUCAUCGUCUCAUCCAUCAUGACUUCAUUAUCAAGUUACUCGAGUCUACAAAUAAAUUCACCAACAAAAAUCUGAACAGCGUCGUGCGGAAAGUGAUGGAGGAGAGAAAAUAAAAUCAAGUGUAAUGCAGACAAUGCCACGAUAUUUCAUAUCAACUCCAUUCCAAAAGCUCAAUAGAUAUGGCACAGCUUUUUGAUAAGAACCACCGAGCUGUUGGUACAGAU